AUGACAAUGAAGAUGAUGACAGUGAAAGAGUCUGUAACCAUCGAAGUGAGAAUAUCUUGUUGCGUUGACCCCCCAGAAAUGUUAUAUGCACCCCGGAUGAGAACCCCUGGUUUCUUCUUCCUCUUAAAGUCUGUAUUGAUAUUUUUAAUAGUUGAACGUGUGGCUGAUAUUUCCUUAAUGAGAGAGGAACUUGCUGAUGAGAUUAAUCACAUGCAUAUGGAGAUCGACAAUUUGAAGGAAUAUAAGAGAACUCUUGAACGUGCUUUGGAAGAUUCUUCUAAACCUCUCCACAUCGGUCAGGAAUGCCUGAUGCACCGCGAAAAACGCUACGGAAUUGAUAUGGUCCACGACGAUGUUGAAAAAUCUUUGAUCCGACAAACCAAACACGAGUACCAACAACAUCGCACUUUUUUCAAAAGCAUUGAACCAAGAACAAUAUUUGGCUGUGUGUUGCUAGACUCUCCAUUCGUCGAGCGAAGAGAAUGUCCAUAUAUCGACAAGCGAAACUAUGAGAUGAACCGUGCUGCCCUACAUUCUCUUGAUGUCGAUAUGAAAGAUAAAGAGCAUGCGCAGAGCAUUGAUGACCGAAUGCAUCAUUUAAGAAACUCGUCGGCCGGUAUCGGUUACUACCCAGGAAUUGAACACGUCUCUAACACCGAUGCAUGUCUGCGACAAUGUGCCAACGCCAUGUGGUGCCAAUUUAACACCGUCAACAACUCUUUCAACUCUCGUAUUCGCGAAACCACAGACACACGUAACAAAAUGCAAGCUCAUCUUCAAAAGAUAUUACAGGAGAUUUUCGAUACGGAGAAGUCUAUUGAUUUACUUCGUAAGGCAAUUCAGAAAAAAGAAGGACCAAUGAAAGUGGCACAAACCCGACUUGAAGAAAGGAACUAUCGAGUUAAUGUUGAACUUUGUAAUGAUCCAGCUAUGAAAGUUCUUCAACGAGAAGUGACAGAAAUACGAGAAUCGGUUAAAGUUUUACACGACAAGCUACGAAAUGCAGAAGCCGCUUUAGCUCGCCUGGUGAAGACAAGGAGUACACUUGAAAAUGACAUCAAUGUGAAAGAAAAUAGCUUACAAAUUGACAGUAAGUUCUGUAUGGGCAUGCGCAAAAGCUUUCCAAUGGAGCCAAACAUAGGACCAAUAUUUCAAAUGCCACUAGAUAUUUAAAUGUUCCUAUGCACGAGAUAUGUCUAAAAUUUCGAAAACUGUUUUCAUGUUUUACAGCAACUUUUUUUUUUCAAUGAAAUGCAGAAUUUAAAAAAAAAUUGCUACGUCAAGUUUCAAAAACAGGUCUUUUUUUUUUUAAUUAUGUAUUGAAUAUUUUAAAACAAUUAUCUUAUUUUUAUCUCAGAAACUUGGACAUUUAUUUAACCCUUUAGCAUUUAAAUCAGCCAUAACAGACCAAAAUAUUUUACCUACUUUAUGAUAAAAAAAAAAACUAACUAGAUCCAACCUCUCGCUCCUAUCCUACAAUGUCAUUCUAAAAAUAAGCUAUCACCUCAUUAAAUGUCAAGGCUAGAAGAUAAUGCAGGAUUAAUUCAAACUGAAGCGAAUAAAUAAGAAUUAUAUUUGACAGAGUAAUGUGAAUGCUAAAGGGUUAAAACUUAGAUUUUUGUUGUCUUUUUUUUUUACAAGUUUAUAUUUAAUAUUUGCACAAAUUUGUUUCAGGGAAAAAAAAAAGAAUUUGUAACAUUGAUUUGAUCCAAAUAAAUGUUAAUUUCUUCAUGUAACACCAAAAAACAAUUUCGCCAUCGUAUAACUACUGUUUCAUACAUGGCCUCAAAAAAUUGACAUGUUACUCAUAAUAAACAUUCAAACACUCAAA